AUGGCGAGAUCUUCGAAGAUGAGCUUACGAUACGAAGUGCUAGUGUUUGCCACCAUCACCCUCCUACUCUUCCGGACAGUGUUGACAGCUGCCAAAUCGACGAAUGGCGGUGGUAGUGGUGGUGGUGGUGGUGGUGGCAUCAGCAGUGGUAGUGCGAACGGUGUCCAAAAGUUUGCGAUGGAACCUCAGGACCAGACGGCGAUUGUGGGGUCCCGGGUAACGCUGCCGUGCCGGGUUGAGUCGAAGGUCGGUCAGCUGCAGUGGACGAAGGAUGACUUUGGGCUCGGGUGGCAUCGAAAUCUGAGCGGGUUCGAACGGUACUCAAUGGUUGGGAGUGAUGAGGAGGGCGACUACUCGCUCGAAAUCUAUCCGGUGAUGUUGGACGAUGAGGCACGGUACCAGUGUCAGGUCGGUCGGGGAAAGGAUGGAACGCCCGGUAUAAGGUCGAGGUUUGCAACACUUACAGUAUUAGUUCCACCGGAACCGCCAAAAAUAGUGCAGGGUGACUUUCUCGUUACCACCGAGGAUCGUGAGAUUGAGCUGGAGUGUGUGUCGGUCGGUGGAAAGCCAGCGGCCGAAAUUACCUGGAUCGAUGGGUUGGGCAACGUGCUAACAUCGGGCAUUGAGUAUGUGAAGGAACCGAUGACCGAUACGGGACGGUUUACGGCGAAAUCUAUCCUAAAGUUGACGCCCAAAAAGGAACAUCACAAUACGUCGUUUACGUGUCAGGCGCAGAACACAGCCGACCGGACGUACCGUUCGGUGAAGCUGAAGCUGGAGGUGAAGUACGCACCUAAGGUGAGCGUCUCCGUGAUUGGUGGUGCGUUGUCGGGUGGUAGAAUUCCGGAGGGUGCCGAAGUGCGGCUAUCCUGCCGGGCCGAUGCAAACCCGAGCGAGGUCACGUACAAGUGGUACAAAGCCGAUGAGCCAAUUCUCGGCGACUAUACGACGGAGAUGGUAAUACACAACGUCACGAAAGAGUAUCACGACGCAGUCAUCAAGUGUGAAGUACACAACGCGGUCGGUAAGAGUGAGGAGAGUGAAAUCCUGGACAUCAGCUAUGGGCCCACGUUUCGCACCCGGCCACAGUCGGUGGAGACGGACAUCGAUCGGAAGGUAACGCUAUCCUGUGACGUGGAUGGGAACCCACCGCCAGAAAUUAUCUGGGUGCACGAGGACACCACACGUAUCGUGUCCAACACGGCCAACAUAACGCUCAUGGCGACGCGGGAAACAGCCGGCAACUACUACUGUAAGGCAAGCGUACGUGGCUUCCCGGACAUCGAAGCAUCGGCUGCGAUUCAUCUGAAAGGGCCACCGACUAUACGCUCACCCCGCCAACAGUACGGCUCGAUGAACGAUAACGCACAGAUCCAGUGUGAUGCCAUCUCGAUCCCGAAAGCGAAACAGGUCAUCUGGACGUACAACGGGCUGGAGUUGAACAGUGAGAACGAUCACACGAUACUGGAGAACAACUCGCCCGAAGGUGUACGGUCGACGUUGAUUAUCGCAAAAAGCCAGCGACAGCACUUUGGCGUAUACAACUGUACCGUGCUGAACGAGUACGGUAGCGAUUCGCUCGAGAUUCAGUUCGCACCGAUGGAGUCAUCAUCGUUGCCGGUGGUAAUACUGAUAGUGGUCGGCGUGUUUAUCACUAUCGUGUUCGUGCUCGUAGUGAGUCUGUGCUGUUGCGAACGCAAAGGCAACAAGAAGCUACCGCCCGCUGAUGUGAUUACGGACCAGCAUUAUAUGACGGAAAAAUGUAAAGAAAGUGACCGUUCGUCUAAUGUGAGCGAUCUGAAGAUUGAUCGGGACCAUGAAUAUUCGGAAACCUGCUCCGGGACGGACAGUAUCGCGACGCGACUUGCGAUGAACAUGAUGGGUUCGUCGAGCGGUGGCAGCAACAACAGUGGUGGUGGUGGUGGUGGUGGUGCAGCUGUUAAUGGAGGUGGAGGUGUUCCACUUGCUGGUCCUGUUAGGAUUCCCAACGAUUACCGGUACUCGGGUGAUUACUCGGACGGUAUUGGGUCGUCGCUACAGGCCAAGAUCGGCCAAAGUAAUGGUGGGUACGUACCGUACGUAGACUAUGCACCGGACUACAACCUGCCAAUGCACAUAUCAAGUAACGGUCAGCUUCCCAACGGUAAUCUCAGCCUGACGCGGAAUCGUGAACUACGUCAGGACAACGGUCUACCAAGCAUCCAGAGCGCCAUGGGUUCUCUUUCGGCUGGUCUGAUGAAUACAUCACUGAUGAACGCACCCAGCAUAGAUCCACGGUACAGCGCUACGUACGGUAAUCCUUACCUGCGCAGCAGCAGUACCCAUCUGCCACCGCUUCCACCUCCCAGUACGGCCAAUCCAGCCCUUACGCCGGCACCUCCACCAUACAGUGCCGGUCGCCAUCCGACGAGUGCGCUGCUAAUGGGCGUCAACAUUGGCGUCAACUCGGGCAGCGUUAUUGGCAUUGGUUCGAGCCUAACCAGCCCCGAAUCGAUCCGCUCAACCAGUGCCGGCAGCGAUCCAGCUGGCACGAUGCAGCAACAGCCACAGCAGCAACAGAGUGGUCAGAUCGCAGGUGGUCAAACUGGCAGCCCCGCACCAGGUCAGUUUAUUCUCCCGGCGAACGGGGACAUACGCAAGGGUGCGCUCGCCACCCACGUCUAGCAACCCGUCCGCCAACUCCA